AUGGCUUUGGCUCGACUAGUGGAACGAAUCGAGCGAACGUUGUACGUGCACUAUGAGGAUAGUUUCGUGUAUUUCUUCGAACCAAACUUUGAAGCGCUACCUCCUGAGCUACUGAUCAAUAUCUUCAAGUACCUGAAUCCUAGUGAUCGUAGUGCGGCGGCUCUGGUGUGUCGCUCCUGGUACGAUGCUUUCCGGUACAUACAGUUUCAACGGGCGUUACGGCUUCACAUUCACGACAUCGAGUUCGUGGACAAUGGACAUCCGUUGAAGGGAUUAAUGACAUCGUUUCGUUACUUUACGGACGUAUGGAUCACCAAGGUGGUGUUUGGAAACAAGAGCGAGUUCUGGAGCGAGUUCGGAGAUGGCAUCGAAGAGCUAACGUUCGAUAACUGUGUCAUCUGGAAGCACAAGUUAGCGUCGAUCUUGAAAUACUUGCCACGGUUACGUCGUCUUAACCUCUACAACUGUCCCGAUCUGUUCAAAACAUGGAAGUUAAUAGAGAACACUACUGUUACGUGGAACCUGGUGAUGCCAGAGCUAAGACACCUUAGCCUUGCCCGAAACAAUCGCUUCCAGGAGCACCAUUUCGAUUAUCUAGUGCAGCUAGCACCCAACCUCGAUUCGCUUGAUGUGUCCGAAUGCUUCAGCAGUAUCGAAGCCCGACAGCGUGUCCUAAUGCUCAACCACAUCCUUGAGUUUGUUCGUACGAGCCGGAACCGGUUGCGGCAUCUCUUCCUCUGUGGUACACCGAUAGACAACGUGUUCCUCCGUGGACUUGCCGACAUUCGCGAUCUAUCCCUGCGCAGCCUUGGGCUGAUGGUUUGCGAGAAAAUUCCCACCAGCGAACCGGGCAUUAUCGAUCUGCUACGAGCACAAACUGCCCUCACCCAUCUGGACCUUUCGAAGUCGCUAGCGUUGAAUGAUUACGCGCUGAUACAGAUCUCCCACUCGAUUCCGCAGCUCGAAACGCUCAUCCUCAAUCGCUGCUGGAUGAUUACGGACUAUGGCAUCACGGCGAUCAAGAGUCUCGUUCGGCUGCGCCAUAUCGAUCUGACAAACUGUGAGCGCAUCACAGACGCCGGGCUGGUGGGCGGUUUGUUCACACACAACCGCAGAAACGUGCGCAAGCUCUAUCUCGGGCUGCUGACCAACAUGAGCGAUGCGGCGCUCACGAAGGUGUCGUUCGAGUUCUGUGACCUGGUGGUGCUUGAUCUGGGUGGAUGCUCGAACAGCAUCAACGAUCUGUCGAUACAGUACAUCUUUUACCACAUGACGAAGCUGCAGGAGCUAAAUUUAGAUUGCUGUGCGAAGGUAUCGGAUGCUGGCAUUACGGGUGUAAAUUUAGAGGAGAAAGCGUUCGCCAUCUGGGACAUCGAGCUAUGCUUUUCGAUAGCCGACCUAGUCGGCUUAAGAUCGUUGAAGUUAUCCGGUUGCUAUAAAAUAACUGACUACUCUUUUGAGCGUUGUUUCAACUUCAAGGAGCUGAAGGAGAUCAGUCUUGCCCGCCUGCUACAGAUCACCGAUAGCGGAAUCGAACGACUCGCACUCGGGUGCCCGUCACUCGAGAUCGUCGAUUUCAGUGAGUGUCGCACGAUCUCCGAUCGCUGCAUCGAGAUUAUCACCAAGUGUGAGCCUCGGCUCACCACACUGAAACUCCAGAACUGCUCGUUAAUUACGGAUAAGGCCAUCAAGUACAUUGUCGAAAACUGUCGCGUACUGCGUGUGCUAAAUAUUCGCGGCUGCAUUAAGAUAUCGUCCUACGCGGAAUCGAAACUAUCGGCAGUGAAGUCGUUGCGGCAUCUGCAUGGCACUACACCGGAAGUUAUUUGA